AAAGCCGGAAGUCAUGUCGCAAACGGGUUUGAACUGUCGUAAAAGGGGUCGAUUUGUGGCAUUUUUUUCUAUAGGGCUGCUACAAGCAUAGCAAGCUAGCAGGUCGUUUUCAUCAGUGACAUGGCCUCAGCUCCAGCACAGCAGCCCACCCUCACUGUUGAGCAGACCAGAGUGGUGCUGAGUGAGGUGAUCCAGGCCUUCUCAGUGCCAGAAAACGCUGCGAGGAUGGAGGAAGCUCGAGAAAGUGCCUGCAAUGACAUGGGCAAGAUGCUGCAGCUCGUGCUCCCUGUGGCCACCCAGAUUCAACAGGAGGUUAUCAAAGCCUACGGCUUCAACAACGAGGGAGAAGGUGUCCUAAAAUUUGCCAGAUUGGUGAAGAUGUAUGAAACCCAGGACCCUGAAAUUGCUGCCAUGUCAGUCAAACUGAAGUCUCUCCUCCUGCCACCACUCUCAACACCACCUAUAGGAGGCGCCAUCCCAGCUUCAUAGGAACUGUUUACAGUCAUCAUUCAGCUGCAAGGUUACUUUCAUUUAAUGCUUUUGGUCAACAUGAACCUCCUGUUAUUCCAUCGUGUCUAUCAUUUUAUUUGAUUAUAGUUUAAAACUCAAUACACUAAUACGUUCCAACAAAGAUUAAAUUCCUACCUUACCUUUGUUCACGCGGCAUUUAAAGCAUCCUUGCAAAAAAAAAAAAACAUGUUAAAUUAUUGCUUUUUCAAUGUUUCAGUAUUUAUUUGUUUCACUAUGACCACUUUCUUAUAUCACUGAACCUUAAAUGUUUCAUUUUAUGCCAUCUUUUUUUUAAUCAUUUUAAAUGAUUUUUAUAUGCUGUCAGAUGUAUCAAAUGUCAUUCUCUUGUUAUAUAUUAAAAUGAAAAAGGUUUUCUGUG